ACCGCACCGGUUUGCUUCAGAUGGGCUGUUCUGCAACCCCAGAUUGCUUUUCCGUCGAUUGUUGUCUGAAAGGAAACGUGCCAAUGAGAGCAGCUCUGGAGAAAUAAUGAUCCGCUGUAUUUAUACUACCAACUCAAAUAUAACAUCACCAAAGCAAUUGCUCGUUUGUGAUCGCGUCGCGUCGGGGUGGGACGCAUAGCAUAGGGCGCGUUGUUGAGACAAUUUAUACAAUUGGCUCCGCCCGCCCGCGCGCGCCGAAGCGCUGAACUUUCCUCAGUGCGCGAGUAACGGAGCGGCGUCCGGCAGCAGUGGAUAAUAAUGGCGAACAUCAAACUUAUAUCAAUGCUGCUGUUCUUAGCGAUAUCGGAGGCUCGGCCAUCUGCAGGACUACAGCCGAAAAUACGACAGAAGAGAGAAUGGAUUGUUCCACCCCGCAAACUGAAGGAGAAUGUCAAUUACAUGGAUUUGGAAUACAUUGCCAAAAUCCGCUCCGAUGAGGAGACCAGGACCACUAUAAGGUACUCUCUGACUGGACCCGGGGCUGAUCAACCCCCCUUCAGAUUGUUCUCGGUGGGAAGUGAAAACGGCUUGGUGAAGAUCCACGGAGUGUUAGACAGAGAGAAAAUGCCCACCUACCACCUUCGAGGAGUGGCCAAGUUUUUGAACGGCAGUUAUGCUGAGAAAGAUAUUGACCUGAGGAUAGUGGUGCUUGAUGAGAAUGAUUGUGCUCCUGUGUUUACUACUCAGACGAGUGGAGCCGUUCAUGAGCGGACUGCAAGAGGUACUGGCAAUAUUCAUCGUAACGCCUGCUAGAGAAAUGACAGAAACAAAUGUGUCUAGACCAGAUUUACAUUAUAUGCACAAAGAAGCAAAAAAUGUUUUUGACAAAUUGAUCUGAUUAGAAUUAUGACAGAUGCUAUAAGGUUGAAGUAUCUCUGUCUCUUUUCACGUUCAUGC